GAAAUGGCGAAUCCUGGUGGAGGGGCUUCGCCUCCCGUGGCAACUUUGUGGGGUGAAGUAAAUAAAGCCGGUCAGAAUGGAGAUUUUACCAGGGCCCUGAAAUCGCUGAACAAAAUAUUGCAGGUGACAAAGGAAGAUGUCACGGCUCUUCAUUGCAAGGUAGUUUGUCUUAUCCAGAAUGGAACCUUUAAAGAGGCCCUUAAUGUAAUUCACAGCAACACUAAAGUUCUAACAAGUGAUGUAGUAGCAUUUGAAAAAGCAUACUGUGAGUACAGGUUAAACCGAAUUGAAACUGCAUUAAAAACCAUUGAAGGGGCUCCACAAAAGUCAGAGAAAUUAAAAGAGCUCCAUGGACAAGUAUUAUAUAGAUUGGAAAGGUACAGUGAUUGCUUAUCUGUGUAUCGAGAUAUAAUUAGAAAUUCUCAGGAUGAUUAUGAUGAGGAGAGAAAGACAAACUUGUCAGCUGUAUUGGCAGCAUUGAGUAUCUGGGAAAAAAAGUCAACGGAGGACCUUGGCAUUCAGGAGACCACAUAUGAACUGUGCUAUAAUUCUGCCUGCACAUUGAUAGGCCAAGGCCAGUUGCGUGAAGGAAUGGUAAAACUGCGAGAAGCUGAAGAACUUUGCAGACAGUCUAUUUCAGAAGAUGCUGAUUUAACUGAAGAAGAUAUAGAGGCAGAACUGGCUAUAAUUCAUGGUCAGAUGGCCUAUGUCAUGCAGCUACAAGGCAACACAGAUAAUGCUCUACAACUCUACAAUCAAAUCAUUAAGUUAAAGCCCACCGAUGUUGGUUUGUUGGCUGUGGUGGCAAACAAUAUCAUUACUGUUAACAAGGACCAAAAUGUCUUUGACUCAAAGAAAAAAGUGAAACUUACAAACGCAGAAGGAGUGGAGCACAAACUGUGCAAGAAACAACUUCAAGCUAUUGAAUUUAACAAGGCUCUGCUUUCAAUGUAUACAAACCAGGCUGACCAGUGUCGAAAAUUAUCCGCAAGUCUUCAAUCACAGGACCCAGAGGAUCUGCUGCCUGUGCUCAUCCAAGCUGCCCAGCUCUACAAGGAGAAGCAACAUACCAAAGCUGUAGAGCUUCUUCAGGAAUUUGCAGAGCAGCAUCCUGAUAAUGCAGCUCAAAUCAAGUUAACUAUGGCACAGCUUAAACUUGCACAAGGAAAUGUCACAAAAGCUUGUAUGAUCCUAAAGAGCAUUAAGGAGCUACAACAUACACCUGGCAUGGUGUCAGCACUUGUAACUAUGCACAGCCAUGAUGAAGAUAUAGACAGUGCUAUUGAAGUGUUUUCUAAUGCAAUCAGCUGGUAUCAAGAAAACCAACCAACCUCCCCAUUGCACUUGUCUUUGGUAAGAGAGGCGGCAAACUUCAAACUAAAACAUGGGCGGAAAAAAGAUGCAAUUAGCGAUCUGGAACAGUUAUGGAGACAAAACCCCAAAGACAUACAUACCUUGGCCCAACUCAUCUCUGCUUACUCACUGGUGGAUGCAGAAAAAGCAAAAAUACUUAGCAAGCAUUUGCCAUCUUCUGACACAAUGAAGCUGAAAGUUGAUGUUGAUGCCCUGGAAAAUUCUACAGGAGCUACUUUUAUUAGGAAAAAAGCUGCAAAAGUUGCUGGAGAACAAGCAAAGGAACAAGGGCCUACUGACAUUAAAAAGAAGAAGACGAAAAAAAAGAAAGGAAAGUUGCCCAAGCAUUAUGAUCCAAAGGUUACACCAGAUGCAGAAAGAUGGCUCCCAAUGCGUGAGCGCUCUUAUUAUCGUGGAAAGAAGAAGGGUAAAAAGAAGGAUCAGAUAGGAAAAGGGACACAAGGAGCUACGUCAUCUGCAUCAGCUGAACUGGAUGCGAGUAAAACAGCAAGUAGUCCUCCCACAUCUCCACGACCUGGGUUGGCUGCACCAGGAGGCUCUUCCUCUUCUAGCAAUGUCAUUCCCCCCAGACAUCAAAAGCCAGUAGGAGCUGCAGGCACAAAGAAGAAACAGCAGCAAAAGAAAAAGAAAGGAGGGAAAAGUAGUUGGUGAUGAACUAGUAUGUUCUCCAGUAAUUUAUGUCUUACCACAAUUUUCUGUUUGCUACGCUCAAGUUUUCCAUUUAAAGCUUAAAUUCAAUUUCUUUUAGUAUUUACAGCAUCUCUCCUCCCAACUAUUUUUAUUUUUAAGGACCAUGUUUGUCAUGGAGGAGAAUACCUAUGUUCAAGUGAAACCUUAAGCUGUGCAAAACUAGAAAAUGUUAAUACAUACGUUUAUUUUAUCAUUUGAGUUGAAAAAUAAAGCAAGGCUUAUACAAUG